UUUCCGUAUCGCCAUUUUCCUCUUCUACACCGGUGCUCUUACUGGCAGCUACGUUGUCGCCCCCUCCUCUCAGCGUUUUAACCUAUCCAGAGCUGACGGUGGGACAAAAAAGGAGAAACCUAAAAAAAGAAGAAGGAAGAAGAUAGUCUGCCUCGUAGCUCUGUCGCCCCGAGAAAAGUGCGAGAAUGUCUUCUGAGGAGAACCCCGAGUACGCGCCUUUCUUCGCUGUGAUGGGAGCCUCUGCGGCCAUGGUCUUCAGCGCAUUAGGAGCAGCGUACGGCACGGCGAAGAGCGGCACAGGCAUCGCGGCCAUGUCCGUGAUGCGGCCAGAGCUCAUCAUGAAGUCCAUCAUCCCCGUUGUCAUGGCUGGUAUCAUCGCCAUCUAUGGGCUGGUGGUGGCCGUGCUGAUAGCAAACAACAUCUCCGAGAAAGUCACCCUUUACAAGAGUUUCCUGCAUCUCGGUGCUGGUCUGAGCGUGGGCCUGAGCGGUCUGGCGGCCGGGUUCGCCAUCGGCAUCGUGGGUGACGCCGGAGUGCGAGGCACCGCCCAGCAGCCCCGGCUUUUCGUGGGCAUGAUCCUGAUCCUGAUCUUCGCCGAGGUGCUGGGGCUUUAUGGCCUCAUCGUGGCUCUCAUCCUAUCUACAAAAUAAAUGUCUGCAUCAAACACAAUCUCAUUCAUUCCACAUCGAAGCAGCAAGAACAACUAGGAGAUUUUCACCUACUUCCAUUACACCCCGUGGGUCUGACAGGAUGGGAUGGCAACAGAAACACGUCAGCGGCCCACUUGACCGCUGUGUCCUCAGUAGAUGUGAUCUAUCCAUAUUGUUUAAAGCCAUCCAGUUGUGUCAGGUCUUGUGAGUACUGAACGGGCAUGAAGAUGUAUUGGUUGUUGUGGGAUGAUGUGUGGACAGUCUGCUUGAUUUGUUGUCUGAUCUUAACUUGUACAGUGAACCAGAGUCCCUCCUCCUCCUGUAAAUGUUGUAACCAGUCUGUGCUGUGAGUGUGAGUAUUAACAUUUAACCCUCUGCUCAUUCCUCUCUGUUGAUUUUUGUUUUCUGUUGGUGAUUUUGAUCGUCAUUCUCCGUUUGGAGACGGCUGAAGAAUCAUGCGCACCAGUAAUUUAUUUUUCCAUGUUCUUUUCGGGGACCUUUUUUUUGAAUCGCAGCGGUGAGGAGCUGUCAAUACAUAUUAUUUUUUUCACUAUUUAUGGAAAGUUAUGAAGAUUUUGACUUAAUGAAACUGUCUAAAUGGAAUACUGUUUAUUGAAAAAAACCCUAUAUACAUAAAAUAUAUAAAUUAUCUGUGUAUAGUUAGAUUCAUUGCACUGUGGGUAAUUGUUCUAAGUGCUUGGAAUUCCUCUGGAUGUAGUGAUUAUUAAUGGGGGAUGUCCACAUGUUGACAUGGAGGGGGGGGUGUGUGUGUGUGUGUGUGUGUGUGUGUGUGCGUGUGACCGUCUGACCUGAGUGCAUAAUGUGUGUGCGCAAGUCUUUGUUUAAUAUGACCUUCUCCAACACUAGUAUCGUUUACCUGUAGUGCUCCGGUCUUUAUUUUUUUGUUUGUUGGUUUUGUUAAAGGUGAGAGCUCACUGUUCAGCCAUGCCUGUCAGAUUUCCAAAUAAAACUCAACCUCCUCCAGAA